CUGGAGUAGGGUCCGGGUGAGCAGAUUUCCUUAUCCGGGAAUCGCAGGCGGGGCGGCCAUUGGCUCCGAGGAUCACGUGGGCCCCUAACUUUGUUCACUUGACAGUAAGUAGGAGGGCUUUCGGAAACAGGAAAACGAGUCAGGGGUCGGAAUAAAUUUUAGUAUAUUUUGUGGACAAUUCCCAGAAAUUAAUGGCUAUGAGUUCUUUUUUGAUCAACUCAAACUAUGUCGACCCCAAGUUCCCUCCGUGCGAGGAAUAUUCACAGAGCGAUUACCUACCCAGCGACCACUCGCCGGGGUACUACGCCGGCGGCCAGAGGCGAGAGAGCAGCUUCCAGCCGGAGGCGGGCUUCGGGCGGCGCUCGGCGUGCACCGUGCAGCGUUACGCGGCCUGCCGGGACCCUGGGCCCCCGUCCCCGCCACCGCCCGGGCUGUCCCCUCGGGCUCCCGCACAGCCGCCGUCCGGGGCCCUCCUCCCGGAGCCCGGCCAGCGCUGUGAGGCGGUCAGCAGCAGCCCCCCGCCGCCUCCCUGCGCCCAGAACCCCCUGCACCCCAGCCCGUCCCACUCCGCGUGCAAAGAGCCCGUCGUCUACCCCUGGAUGCGCAAAGUUCACGUGAGCACGGUCAACCCCAAUUACGCCGGCGGGGAGCCCAAGCGCUCUCGGACCGCCUACACUCGCCAGCAGGUCUUGGAGCUGGAGAAGGAAUUUCACUACAACCGCUACCUGACUCGGCGCCGGAGGGUGGAGAUCGCCCACGCGCUCUGCCUUUCCGAGCGCCAGAUCAAGAUCUGGUUCCAGAACCGGCGCAUGAAGUGGAAAAAAGACCACAAGUUGCCCAACACCAAGAUCCGCUCGGGCAGCACCGCAGGCUCAGCCGGAGGGCCCCCUGGCCGGCCCAACGGAGGCCCGCCGGCGCUCUAGUGCCCCCCUUGCGGGAGCCGCGAACCUCGGGGCGGGGGUGGGUUGCGAGCUCGGGGGUGGUUGGGGGAGACGAGGGAGGGGACCCUGGGGCCUGGGCCCGAAAAAGCCCACCUGCCCUCCCCCCACGUUGUCUAUUUACAUGAAUAAAUGCGGAGGAGGGGGGAGGGGAAGCUUUAUUUAUAGAAAUGACAGUAGGGAGCCGGGUGAGGCCCCCCAGAAGCAAGGUUCAAGUCUCUUGCUUUCUUCCUUAAAAAAAAAAAAAAAGAAGAAGGAAGAAAGAAAAAGACAGAAAGAGAAAUAGGAGGAGGCUGCACUCCUCAUUUUCAGCUUUGGCGAAGAUGGAUCCACGUUUCAUCUUUAAUCACGCCAGGCCCAGGCCCAUCUGUCUUGUUUACUCUGCCGAGGAGAGGACGGCCUCGGUGGCGACCAUUACCUCGACACCCGGCUAACAAAUGAGGCCCGGCCCGGCCGCCGCCGCCUCUGCUGCUGCCGCUCUUGGAAGACAGUCUGGAUUUUCUUUCUUUGUCCCUCAUUCCUGAAACCCAGCGAAAGCAUCCUCUGACUGCCAGAUAGCACAGUGUUUUGGCCACGGUAACAAACACGCGCACACAGCCUCCUUCCCCCUCCGUGCCCGUUCACCCCCCUUCCACCUUGGGGCCGGGGUGGGGACGACAGGCUGGGGACAGGUGGACGAAGGGUGCCUCGGCUGCGCAGGAGCAGGGCAGGGUAAUUGAGUCCGAAAGAAAAAGAGGACCCAGAGACCGGGAGGGCCCUCCUUUGGAAGGUCAAGCCAUGGCUGGCGGGGUGAGAGGCCAGUUGCCUUCUGGGAGCUGGACACAACCCUCUCCCCCAUCUAGAGUUGUGCAGUGGAGGCCUUUUCUCCUAGACUGAAAGUGAAUGUGAAACUAGGAAAUAAAAUGCCCUUCCCAUCUGGGAGAUAAGGUUACAGAGACCUCUCCCAUAGUUUAUCAUUGUUGCAUUGAUUAUUAUUAUUAUUAUUAAUUAUUAUUAUUAUUAUAAUUUUAUGUCAUGUGCGUCUGUCCUCUCUCCUAUUCUCUUUCUGACAUUCCAAACCAGGCCCCUUCCUAGUCCUGGGGCUGCUUGAGUCUAGAACCCUUCGUUGGUGUGAAAAUGUGUGUCCUGUACAGAGUGACAAUAGAAAUAAAUGUUUGGUUUCUUGUGAUCAGCA